AUGUUGUUCCGACUCGUUUUAAUUUUCCUCCCUUUAAUCUACGCUUACAAAUCCGAAUUCGGCAAAGAAUUCGAUGCUUCGCGAUACUCGUCCGGGGGUGAGAAAGCUUCCAGUGGUUAUCUUGGGCAACACCAGACCCACAAUGGGGUGCAAGGCCACCACGACAAGGAAAACCACCAAAAACAUUACGCGGAAAAUCAAGGACAUAAAAAAGGCUACAACCAUCAGGAUGGUUACUACGCCGACCAUCAUCAGGGCCAGAAAGGCCGCAACGGAUACCAUUACGAAGACCACGGGAAAUACGCCAAAGGCCACAGCACAAAAGGCCACCACAAUGUACACAAACUUGACGAGUACAAGAAAAACACCGAUUUCUUCGAUGAAAACAACGAUGAAGGCUUCGAAGAAAAGCACGGAGGGUACGAAUUGAGUCGAGCGGUGGCCAAAGGGGGCCACAACGCUGGUGGACACGUUAACAAAGGCCACGAGAGCGGGAAAUACGGCGUUGUGGGAUUUGCCGAAAAAGGGGCGCAUUUCUUCAACGAUCAAGGACACAAAAAGGCACAAGGACAUGACGGAUAUUACGGAAAUCACGCACAAUUUGCCAAACAUGGAGGACAAGACGGGAUCAAAAAGUUUGGGUUUAUUAAUAGUCACGUGUUGCAAUAA